AUGGCCGUAGCAGUUAGAAGUGAUGUGGAUAAUUUACGCAAAGAAUUUAUUUUGUCUUUACGAAAAAAGCAAACACGCGAUUCGUCCUCAGCGAUUGCGCUCAGUGUCAUCAAUUUUCUUCGGAAAGUGAUUAUGGUAGAAAAGGCAAAAACAAUAUCAGACCUUCUUAAAUCCCUUCACGCUCAUGCAAAGUUUCUGUCAGCAAUGGAACCAAAUGAGCUUAUCAUGGUGAAUAUUGUUCUAAUGACCUCAAAAUUGGCAAGAGAUGAGCUUCAAGCCAGAAAAGGGCAAGAAGCUAGAGGAUACGAUUCUCUUUACACUUUAUGGAAAGAACAUGGACCUAGUGAAGCGGAAGACACAGACAUGAAAAAAAUUAAAAAAGACUUGAUUGCCAAUAUCAAGGAACUCAUUAUUGAAAUCGAGUCCUGUCGCGAAAGCAUUGCUUCACAAUCUACAGAGCUCAUUUUUAAUCAAGAUGUUGUUAUGGUGCAUUCAUUAUCAAAAUCUCCAACAUUAGAAGCAUUUUUUGCAAACGCGUGUCGGUCUCGCAAAUUUAGACUUUUAAGUGUCGUCAAUAGUGCAGAAGUAGAUGAUUCUCCCGAUUACACAACUCCCAUUCAAUUUGCGGAUGUUGCAUCGAAAAUCGUUGACACCACCAAGGUAGUCCUUCCAAGUGUUGCAGUAUUCCCCGAUGGAUCAUGUUUGGUGCCGGCCGGUGGACUUAGUAUCGCCUUAGUCGCUCAAAAACAUUCAGUUCCGGUUUAUGUGUUGGCACCAUUCUAUAAGAUGACUCCGUUCUUCAUUCCUGAUCCAUGCGCAAUGAAUACAUUCAAAAAAGCUGCAAUGCCAUUCGAAUUUUCUCGAAAAUCUGCCGGACUCGUUGAAAUCAUUCAACCCGCAUUCGACAUGAUUCCUGCGCAGCUCAUCAAUCUCUUUGUGUCGAAUUCGUCGUGUAUAAUUCCCGCUCAUAUCAACAGACUAAAAGAGGAUUACUACCAUCCGGAAGAUAUAUCGAUAUACUAG